AUGGAGGAGUGGGAGUAUUUAGAAGAACACAAGGAUCUGUACAAGGACGUCAUGAUGGAGAAUCACCAGUCCCUCACAUCACCGGAUGGAUCCAGUCAGAGAAAUCCACCAGAGAGAUGUCCCAGUCCUCAGUAUUCCCAGGACUGUCCAGAGGAGAAACCAAAUAUCCCACUGGAUCAUCAGGAAAUGUCCGAUGGAACAACAAGUGAACUGGAAAAAUCCAUACCAGUGUCCGUGAAUGGUGAAGACGGGAUGAGUGACUCCCAUGGACAUCUCCAUUUAUCUUCCUAUCAUCAAGCAGAAGAUAACAAUACCACACAAGCUAAUCUAAUAGCUUCUAAUGUGGACUCAGUCCUUCACAUUGAAGAUCUAUCCACCAAUACUGCUGAUCACAAGAAAUCUUCUUCUAGUCAAUUACUGGUUGGCAGAACAAGAACUAUACAGAAACGUGGAAAAAUAUUUCCAUGUGAGAAACAGUUAAAAAAAGAAUCCAAUCGUUCUUUGCAUGAGAGAAAUCACAGAGAUAAAAAGUCAUUUUCAUGCUCUCAAUGUGGAAAAUCUUGUACCAGUCAAUUCAGUCUAGGUGAACAUCAGAGAACUCACACAGGGGAGAAGCCAUUUUCAUGUUCGGAAUCUGGGAAAUGUUUUAACCGUCAAUCAAGUUAUAUUCGGCAUCAGACAACUCACACAGGGGAGAAGCCAUUUAUCUGUCCUGAAUGUGGGAAGGAAUUUGGUGCUAAAUCAUUUCUUAGAAAACAUUUGAGAACACACACAAGAGAGAAGCCAUUUUCAUGUCCCGAAUGUGGGAAAUGUUUUAGUCAGAAAUCUCAUCUUGAGAACCAUCUAAGAAUUCACACAGGAGAGAAACCAUUUUCAUGUUUAGAAUGUGGGAAAUGUUUUAACCGGCAAUCGAGUUUUGCUCGGCAUCAGAGAAAUCACACAGGGAAGAAGCCAUUUUCAUGUCUUGAAUGUGGGAAAUUUUUUAGUCUGAAAUCACAUCUUGGUAUACAUCUGAGAACUCACACAGGAGAGAAGCCAUUUAUGUGUCCUGAAUGUGGGAAGUAUUUUGGUGCAAAAUCAACGCUUAUAGAACAUCUAAGAAUUCACACAGGAGAGAAGCCAUAUAUGUGUUCUGAAUGUGGAAGGCACUUUGGUGCGAAAUCAUUGCUUAGAAAACAUCAGAUAACUCACACAGGGGAGAAGCCAUUUUCGUGUUCAGAAUGUGGGAAAUGUUUUAGUCGGCAAUCAAGUUUAAUUCGGCAUCAGAGAAGUCACACAGGGAAAAAGCCAUUUUCAUGUCUUGAAUGUGGGAAAUGUUUUAGUCAGAAAUCAAAUCUUAAUAUACAUCUGAGAACUCACACAGGAGAGAAGCCAUUUAUGUGUCCUGAAUGUGGGAAGUAUUUUGGUGUGAAAUCAUUGCUUAUAGAUCAUCAAAGAAUUCACACAGGAGAGAAGCCAUUUAUGUGUCCUGAAUGUGGGAAGCACUUUGGUUCGAAAUCAUUGCUUAGAAAACAUCAGAGAACUCACACAGGAGAGAAGCCAUUUUCGUGUUCAGAAUGUGAGAAAUGUUUUACCCGUCAGUCAAGUUUAAUUCGGCAUCAGAGCACUCAUACAGGGGAGAAACCAUAUAUCUUGAAUGUGGGAAAUCAUUUAGUCUGAAAUCAAGUCUUGCUAAACAUGAGAGAACUUACUCAGGGGAAGACAUUUUCAUGUUUAGAUUGUAGGAAAUGUGACAGAUCCUUUUAACCU